CGGACCUCUUCCCCGUGUGUGUGUGUGUGUGUUCCACAGCGGCAGCCUCACCUGCGGAGCCCCCAGAAGGACACUUUCUUCCUGACGCACCGGGGACAUCCUGAUCACCUCCGAUCAUGGACGGCCCACGGACAGCCUUCACCACCGUGAGCGACAACGAGUCGGUUUUACCGGAGAACACGUCCUAGAGACAACCAGGAGGAGCGGACCGGCGAGCGGCAUACUAUUUCUCAGAUGGACCGCAGGACUUUGUCCGCCAAGAUGCGCUGGAUCACGCUGCUGCUGGCCGGGUGGACUUUUUGGGGCAAAGUGGUCUUCAGCGCGGACUACGACGAUGCGGACUAUGACUACUAUGAGGACGAGAGAGCGGACACCAUCGACUACAAGGACCCUUGUAAAGCUGCUGCGUUUUGGGGCGACAUCGCGUUAGACGAGGAGGACCUGCGCAUGUUCCAGAUUGACAGGACGAUAGACCUGUCGCAGCACACGCACACACACACACACCCCCUACUGGGAGGUCUGUACGAGCAUGAAGUGUCAAAUAAGAGAGGGUCUUUGUACCUGCUGCUGGAGAGGAUACGGCAUUUCGGUUUGGACUUUCUUCCCCUGAAAAACUCCAGUAAGGCAGCUUCCAGUCACAGGAGCGAAAGCGGGAAAAGCGUCAAGGCGGGAAAUGCUGCCAAGAGUCGCUUUCCUCGAGCGGCCACAUCCCGAGCAGAGAGGAUCUGGCCUGGGGGAGUCAUUCCCUACAUCAUUGGUGGGAACUUCACUGGUAGUCAGAGGGCAAUGUUCAAGCAGGCCAUGCGUCAUUGGGAGAAACAAACAUGUGUGACGUUCAUCGAGAAGACCGACGAGGAGAGCUACAUCGUGUUCACCUACCGACCCUGCGGGUGUUGCUCCUAUGUGGGUCGCCGCGGCAACGGGCCCCAGGCCAUCUCCAUCGGCAAGAACUGCGAUAAGUUUGGCAUCGUGGUGCACGAGCUGGGCCAUGUCAUCGGCUUCUGGCACGAGCACACGCGGCCCGAUCGCGAUGAUCACGUGACCAUCAUAAGGGACAACAUCCAGCCAGGUCAGGAGUAUAACUUCCUGAAGAUGGAGCCAGGGGAAGUCAACUCUCUCGGGGAGCCAUAUGACUUUGACAGCAUCAUGCACUAUGCCAGGAACACUUUCUCACGGGGGAUGUUCCUCGACACCAUCCUUCCAUCCAGGGACGAAAACGGAGUCCGGCCUGCUAUUGGCCAGCGGACCAGACUCAGUAAAGGAGACAUUGCACAGGCAAGGAAGCUCUAUAGAUGUCCAGCAUGUGGAGAGACGCUCCAGGAUUCCACAGGCAACUUUUCCUCUCCUGGUUACCCCAAUGGAUAUCCUUCAUACACGCACUGUGUGUGGAGGAUAUCAGUUACACCUGGAGAAAAGAUUGUUCUCAACUUUACCACCAUGGAUCUGUACAAGAGCAGCCUGUGCUGGUACGACUACAUGGAGGUCCGUGAUGGCUACUGGAGAAAGGCGCCUUUGCUGGGCAGGUUUUGUGGAGACAAACUUCCUGACGUCUUGACCUCCACUGAUAGCAGAAUGUGGAUAGAGUUCCGUAGCAGCAGCAACUGGGUGGGGAAAGGCUUUGCUGCUGUCUAUGAAGCUAUCUGUGGUGGGGAUAUCAACAAGGAUUUGGGACAGAUCCAGUCUCCCAACUAUCCCGACGAUUACAGGCCCUCCAAAGAGUGCGUGUGGAGGAUCACCGUGUCGGAGGGAUAUAACGUGGGCCUCAGCUUUCAGGCCUUUGAGAUUGAGCGACACGACAGCUGCACCUACGACUACCUGGAGGUGCGGGACGGCCCGCUGGAGACAAGCCCUCUGAUCGGACGGUUCUGCGGGUACGACAAGCCCGAAGACGUGCGCUCCACCUCGCACACUCUCUGGAUGAAGUUUGUCUCAGACGGGACGGUCAACAAGGCAGGCUUUGCGGCAAACUUCUUCAAAGAGGAGGACGAGUGUGCCAAGCCGGACAAUGGCGGAUGCGAGCAGAGGUGUGUCAACACGCUGGGAAGCUUCAAGUGCGCCUGUGACCCGGGCUAUGAACUAGCGCCCGACAAAAAGAGCUGUGAAGCUGCGUGUGGCGGCCUCCUCUCCAAGCUGAACGGGACCAUCAGCACCCCUGGGUGGCCCAAAGAGUACCCCCCCAACAAGAACUGUGUGUGGCAUGUGGUGGCCCCGACCCAGUACAGAAUCUCCAUGCAGUUUGAGGCCUUUGAAUUGGAGGGUAACGAGGUGAGCAGAGCUCUAUUCUCGUGCCCACUAGAGACACCUAGUGGAGGUGCGUUGUCAGGACCGUUCACUUUGUGUUUUCCACAGGUGUGCAAGUACGACUACGUGGAGGUGCGCAGCGGCCUGUCGCCGGACUCCAAGUUGCAUGGAAAAUACUGUGGCACCGAGGUCCCUGAAGUCAUCACCUCUCAGUACAACAACAUGAGAAUUGAGUUCAAGUCAGACAACACCGUGUCCAAAAAGGGCUUCAAAGCUCUUUUUUUCUCAGAUAAAGACGAGUGCAGUAAAGACAACGGCGGCUGCCAGCACGAGUGCAUCAACACGGUGGGCUCGUACGUGUGCCAGUGUCGCCACGGCUUCGUGCUGCACGAGAACAAGCACGACUGUAAGGAAGCCGAGUGCGAGCACAAGAUCCACAGCCCCAGCGGGACCCUGAGCAGCCCCAACUGGCCCGACAAGUACCCCAGCCGUAAGGAGUGCACCUGGGACAUCACGGCCACGCCGGGACAUCGUGUCAGGAUAGCCUUCAGUGAGUUUGAGAUCGAGCAGCACCAGGAGUGCGCGUACGACCACCUGGAGGCCUUUGACGGGGACACUGACACGGCGGCCAUUUUGGGUCGUCUGUGCGGCAGUAAAGUGCCCGAUCCGCUUGUCUCCACGGGCAACAGAAUGUACCUCCGCUUCAUCUCUGAUGCCUCGGUGCAGAGGAAGGGCUUCCAGGCCUCGCACUCCACAGAGUGCGGAGGUCGCCUGAAGGCGGACGUCCGCCAGAAGAACCUCUACUCGCACGCCCAGUUCGGCGAUAACAACUACCCGGGCCACAGCGACUGCGAGUGGUUGCUGACGGCCGAGCAGGGCUACGGCAUCGAGCUGAGCUUCAUCACCUUCGAGGUGGAGGAGGAGGCCGACUGCGGAUACGACUACAUCGAGCUCUACAACGGCUACGACGCCGACUCACACCGACUGGGUCGAUUCUGCGGCUCAGGGCCCAGAGAGGGACUCUACUCUCCCAGCGACGCCGUGCUCAUCCGUUUCCAUAGCGACGACACCAUCAGCAAGAAGGGCUUCCACAUCCGCUACUCCAGCGCCAAGUUCCAAGAGAGCCUCCACGCCAGGAAAUGACCCCCCGACGCCCUGACACGCCCCCCACCCCCACCCCACCAUCGCCACUUUUGACCUCAGCGAGAAAGCCCCGUCACGAGGGGCGGAGUCUUUGACGAACGCAGAUGACUCUCCCUCCGCGUGGAAGGGGACGCCAGUCGGGCCAUAUUUGGACGUCCCGCGGGUGGAAUAUAAAUAUAUAUUUUGGAGGACGUCAAAGCUGCUCUUUGGACACGAGGAACUAAAAAAACUCAUUGUAGCAUUUUCCUCAACUACGAGCACAUUUUUAUUUUCCGCUCGGACCAACUCUCCAAGCAAACAUUUUUACCGCCUUGUGUGUCGGAACUGACCAUUUGUGUUGACUGUGUGUGUGUGUGUGUGUGUGUGUGUGUGUGUGUGUGUGUGUGUGUGUGUGUUUGUGUGUUUGCUGACAAAUGACCUCCGCCAAGGCAGAACAUGUCCGAUAGAUAACAGUUCCACUCCAAUCCUGUAGGUGGCAGUAGUGCACUUUCCCUCCUCACCACAGCACCAUCUGCUGGACCUGGUGGGUCACUGCCCCCCCCGCUUGGCUACAUCGCAUGCAGAAUAACAGCGGAAAUAUGCCAGAUCUGCACCAAAAAUGAAUUCUUUCUUCGUCCUUUCCACAAAGUUCAGUGGAUUUAGUGAUCUUUUUCUUUUUUUUUUUUUUUUUUUUUUAAAUCUUCUGCCGUUACGUGGAGAUGACGACGUAACAUCGUUCGCACUUGGUGAAGGAAAGAAAGGAACGGGAAAAUCAAUGUGAAAGCCUUUUCCGCGGACGUCCCCUUCCUUUUGAGGUAUUUCCGUGGACAUCGGAAGGGAAUAUCCGUCCUCGCCGUCCGCAAAGGAGACGCUCCCAUUGGUGCUAAAUACAAACGCUGAGUGAGGGCUGGCGACGCUGUGUAGUCCUGUGGAACUACUUCAUUGCCUUAGUACUCAACGGAUGCCAUGUCUUCUUUUCUUUUGUCUCCAUGCUUUUGCCGUUUGGGGGGGAAAAUAAGAAACCAGGCGACAUCGAUGGUGCAUGUGCAGCGUUUUGUAGCUUCCAACCCAAACACUUUUACGUCCCAGCCCAAGCGCUGUUCCUCCCUGUGUACUAUAUGUGAGUGCGUUAUAGAUCAUGUCAAAAGUGUGUGGGUGUGUGUGUGUGUGUGUGUGUGUGUGUGUGUGCAAGUGGAAUGAAGAAUCGCCCUCACGUGCCAAGCUCCACAUGAUCCAAUGUCUUUUAUUACUAUUAUUAAUAUUAUUAUAUUUCCUCGUCUGUGACGCCGACAUGUCCUACACCUCCCCUGCAUCAUUAAAAAUACACACAGGUUCAAAACCACCGGCUGUCUU